AUAAUUCACUUCGCCAUCUAUUCUUAUUAUUUCUAAUUCUUUGGUCUCAAAAUUUACGUUGAGUAUUCGUUCUAUGUAUCCUUUAAAUCAUAGCAUUAUUUUUUGUAUUGCUUAUCGGAUAAAUAACAUACUUGGCAGUGUAAAGUAGAUUGAAGAUGUUUAAUCAAAGCGGGGGACUACAAACUGGUACGUCGACUACUUCUAAUCCAAUGCAGGAUUAUGAGGUUGUCUCCCCACCUGAUGAUUCUGUCUCCAGUCUCGCAUUUAGUCCUGCUUGUAUUCCACAAAAUUUCCUCGUUGCUGGCUCUUGGGAUUGCAACGUUCGCUGUUGGGAAGUCGAGCAAUCUGGUAAAACUGUUCCUAAAUCAAUGCAAUCCAUGGCCGCUCCAGUUCUUGAUGUUUGUUGGAGUGAUGAUGGAACGAAAGUAUUCAUGGCAGGUUGUGACAAAACAGCGAAAUGUUGGGAUUUAGCUUCCAAUCAGAGUAUUCAAGUAGCACAACAUGAUGCACCUAUUAAAACUUGUCAUUGGAUUAAAGCAACCACAUAUUCAUGUCUUAUGACUGGUUCUUGGGAUAAAACCUUAAGAUUUUGGGAUCUGCGAAGUCCUAAGCCAGCAAUGACUAUAAAUUUAGUAGAAAGAUGUUACUGUGCUGAUGUUGAUUAUCCAAUGGCAGCAGUAGGAACUGCUGGACGUGGAUUAAUAGUUUAUCAAUUGGAAGGCAGUCCUCGAGAGUAUAAGACGGUAGAACUAAAUUUAAAAUAUCAGUAUCGAUGUAUCGCGAUUUUUAGAGAUAAGAAGAAAGUUCCAACUGGUUUUGCAAUUGGCAGUACAGAGGGUCGUGUAGCCAUACACCAUCUGAAUCUAGGUUCAAAAGAAAACUUCACUUUCAAAUGUCAUAGAACAAAUGGAACCCCUAAUGGAUACCAAGAUAUCUAUGCAGUAAAUGAUAUCGCAUUUCAUCCGGUUCAUGGUACUAUUGCAACCGUUGGAGGUGAUGGUACGUUUGGAUUUUGGGACAAAGAUGCUAGAACUAAACUGAAGUCUUCAGAACCUAUGGAGCAACCAAUUACUCGAUGUUGCUUCAAUCAUAAUGGGCAAAUAUUUGCAUAUGCAGUGUCAUACGAUUGGUCAAAAGGUCAUGAAUACUAUAAUCCAGCAAAGAAGAAUCCUAUAUUCCUUAGACCCUGCUUUGAAGAACUAAAACCUAAAGCGUCGCCAUAAGAGGAAUACUAUACAAUCAGGCUAAAAGGUUUCUGAAUUCUGUGAUGUUUUAAGAUAAUAGAUUUUAUAAUUACAGAAUAUGCUGUUUACAUUAAUAAAUUAUAGUUUUCCUAUCUUCUUUUUAGUUA